AUGUCUGGUUCAAGUCACCCCUUGGUGGGAUAUGUUUACAAGUCGCCGCCUUCUCAAUCUUACAAGCCACCAAAUUCUUACCCUCACAAAUCUCCUUAUGUAUACAAACCACCACAAAAUUCUCCAUCCCCAUCGCUAUCGCCAUCACCUCCUCCUCCAUAUGUUUACAAGUCCCCGCCACCACCUUCUCCUUCACCACCUCCUCCAUAUGUUUAUAAGUCACCGCCACCGCCACCGCCACCGCCACCUCCAUCACCAUCUCCUCUUCCUCCUUAUGUUUACAAGUCCCCGCCACUACACUCGCCUCCACCACCUCCUCUAUAUGUUUACAAGUCCCCACCUCCACCUCCUUAUGUUUACAAGUCUCCUCCGCCUCCGUCUCUCUCACCACCUCCUUCAUAUGUUUACAAGUCUCCUUCUCCACAAUCCCCAUCACCUCCUCCUCUUCCUCCAUCUCUGUGCCCGCCUCCUCCAUAUGUUUAUAAGUCGCCCCCACCUCCAUCUCCGUCUCCACCUCCUCCAUAUGUCUAUAAAUCUCCACCACCACCACCUCCACCUCCUUUUCCAUCACCUCCUCCUCCUUAUGUCUACAAGUCCCCACCCCCUCCAUCCCCAUCACCUCCACCUCCUUACUACUAUAAAUCUCCUCCUCCACCAUCUCCCUCACCUCCUCCUCCCUACUAUUACAAAUCACCACCACCACCUUCUCCUUCACCACCGCCACCUUAUUACUACAACUCCCCACCACCUCCCAAGGCUCCCACUUAUGCUUCGCCACGUCCAACGACACCGUAUAUUUACAAGUCGCCGCCACCUCACUCUCACAAGCCACCAAAUUCUUAUCCUUACAAAUCUCCUUAUAUUUACAAGCCACCACCACAACAUUCUCCAUCCCCUCCUCCUCCAUCGCCGCCACCGCCCUCUCCUUCACCACCUCCUCCUUACCUUUACAAGUCCCCGCCACCACCUUCUCCUUCACCACCUCCUCCAUAUGUUUAUAAGUCCCCGCCACCUGCAUCACCCUCGCCUCCUCCUUAUUUUUACAAGUCGCCACCACCACCUCCAUAUGUUUAUAAGUCUCCUCCUCCACCAUCUCCAUCACCUCCACCUCCUUAUGUCUACAAAUCCCCUCCCCCACCAUCUCCCUGUCCCCCUCCUCCAUAUGUUUAUAAGUCACCCCCACCUCCAUCUCCAUCUCCACCUCCUCCAUACAUUUACAAGUCACCACCACCUUCACCCUCCCCUCCUCCUCCAUACAUUUACAACUCCCCACCUCCACCUUCACCAUCACCUCCUCCUCCAUACAUUUACAAGUCUCCACCACCACCUUCUCCUUCACCUGCUCCUCCAUAAAUUUACAAGUCCCCACCACCACCUUCUCCAUCACCUCUUCCUCCAUACAUUUACAAGUCUCCACCACCACCUUCUCCUUCACCUCCGCCACCUUAUUUCUACAACUCAGUACCACCUCCUAAAGAUUACUAAACAAGUCACUUUCUCUACUCAGAGCAAGUCCACUUCAUCAAUGCACAAUGUUAGCUGAUAAAAUUGGUUUGAUUACAUUUUGGAGGCAGAUUUGCAUAAUUUAAUUCAUCACUCUGUUGGUCAGAAAAAUAACAAUCUUAAAGAAGACAUCAUGUUAAACUUCUUUGUAGCUUUUCAAUUGUACUUUCUACACAAUUUAUUUCUGUUUUUAC